AUGGACGUGCCUGUGAUUGCCGUUAGAGAUGUCCAAAAUGUCCUUUCAGCUAUGCAGAAGAACCUGGAGUGCCCGAUAUGCUUGGAUGUGAUAAAAGAGCCAGUUUCCACAAAAUGUGAUCACACGUUCUGCAGGUUCUGUAUGUUUAAACUCCUCAGCAAAAAGAAAAAAGAUGCGAUACAGUGUCCUCUGUGCAAGACUGAAGUUACUAAAAGAAGUCUUCAGGAAAAUUCCAGAUUUAAGCAACUAAUUGAAGGAUUGUUGGAAACUAUCCAUGCUUUUGAGCUUGACACAGGAGUCAAGUUUCUAAACAGUCAUCACUUUUCUAACACAUCCAUAGAAGCCAAUGCUGCUGAAGCCCUGUGUAAAGAAAGUUCUAUCAUCCAAAGUAGGGGUUUCAGAAACAGGAAAAAAAGAGCUAAAGAAAAUGGACAAGAAAACUGUACCUUGGAAGCUAAUGUGGAUCCACAAUUUACGGAUACCAAGGUCAAAAGACAUCCCUUGAGAAAUAGAAACCAGAAAUGUAACUCUGAUACAGGGAUAUAUAUAGAGUUUGGUUCUGAUUCAUCUGAAGAGCUUUUCAAACAGGCCAGCCAUACUGGCAGGUUAGGAGACAAAGAAGUCCUUCAACUUUCAUCUCAAGAAAAGCUAGAAGAACUUAAGAGUUCUGAGAAGGGGAAUGAAUAUUCUUGCAAAAUAAAGCCCGUCAAGCUGCAUGCCAAAGAAGUAGUUCUACCAAAUGUCAUAGGUGAAAGUGUUUCCAUAAAGGAAGGUUUUAGCAAGAAAAGCACUCGGAACAUCACUGAACAUGCCAAACCUGGCCAAGUGAAUCUGACUGAAUGCCAGAGUUCUCCUUUAAAUGUUCUUGCUGCAGAUUUACUUGCAGAGCAGUGUGACAGAGUGGGUAAUGCCAGCCCCUUGGGGAAAGGGGACAUAUCUAUCUUUAAAAGCACAGAAAUGGAUGCAAAACAAACUCAGUACAACAGUAAAAGCAAAGAGUCUGACUUGGAAGAUAGCUCAAAGAGCAAGUUGGAUAAAAGCAAGGAAAUGGAUAUUGUGCAAUAUGUGGAGGAUGUGGAAAUGUGUGAACCUGAAAAUGAUUCUCUUCCUGAAGAACCACCUCCUCUAGAGAAGCCAGAGACACUUCACAGUGAUACCCUGAAUCAGGUUUCUAGGAAGAGACUGAAGCGAAGCAUUCAGAAAGUCAAUGAAUGGUUCUCAAAAAGCAAUGAGAUUCUCUCUUCCAAUUCUUCUCAGGAUGAUCCUGCUGAAGCAACUGAUACUUCAGCUGAAGGAGAUGCACGUUUAUCUGAUAAAAAUUCCUGUGUUUCAGAGAAGACUAACCUUAUGGUAAAUUGCAUGGAAAUUACGGUCAUUGAGAAAAAGAAGACAUUAUCAAAAACAACAGCAGAUAGCAUCAAAGACAAGAUAUUUGGAAAAACAUACAAGAGAGAGAGGAAGUCAACCCACCCUGUUAUCUUGAGAGAGACUUUACCUACUGCAAAAAAUGAAGCUGUGGCUGCUGAUGAAAAACGCUUGAAUAAUUCUAGAAUAGACAAACUAAAACGAAAAAGGAAGACUGCCUGUGUUCAGCAACCUGAGGACUUCAUCAAGAAAGAUAUGGAGGAGGCAGAUGAGUGCCCUCAAAGUGUUAACUGGUGCCUUGGAGAGGCUGAAAAGGAAGAACACGAUGAAUUUUCUGCUGUUAAUGAGACUUCUGUGACUGAGAAAAAGGAUAAUACGCUAGCAGAAGUUGGAAAGGGAGAAUCCAUAUGGAAAAACGCUACUGAAGAAGUGACUGGUGAAUCCAAUGGAGUGCUAGAACCAAAUAACUGUGAUCAAGAGAGUAAUAAUAAACCAAGUUGUUUAGCAAAAAAAUGCAAACAUUCAAGUAGAACUAUGCAUGCUCUAAAGUUAGUUGUUGGUAGAAAUUCAGGCUCCCCUGAUCCAGCUGAGCUGAUUGAUAGCUAUCCAAGCAGUAAAGAGCCAAGAAAAGUUGAUUCUGAGCACGGACAAAUCAGGCGCAGCAGGAGGUUUCAGUUACUUGCUGAAGAAAUGACAAAAGAAACAGGAAAAAGGAUACUAACUGAGGAAGCAGGAAAGUGUGAUGGUAGAAGUGGAGGACCUUUCUCUGGUGUGCAAAGGAAUGUGUUGGUUCAUUCUUCUGACUGCAAAGACAUGAGUGAGCAGCAGGAUAUACUGAGUUACAGCCCAGCCACUAAUCUGAAGAGUGCUGAACUGGAUGCUGAUGAAAUACAGAUUAGCUUAAAGAAUUCAUCUGAUACGACAGACACUGGAAAAAGUCUCUUCAAUCCUACAUGUUCAAGUCAGCAUUCAAAUUUUGGUUCUGUUGUACCUGAUACAGACUCUCAAGAAGGUGAAAUGCUAGGUAACCCUUUCCUUCUUCAGCCUCCUUCAGUGAAUGUUGAGCAAACUGCUUCCCAGGUGACCAAAGAGAAGACAACUGCAGCAUAUACUGCUUUUCCCCAGGACAACAGACAGUAUACCGAUAAUGUUCCAGAGGACUUUAGAAAUGAAAAAUCACCAAUGGCUAAAAAUCUUUUGGAACUGACCAAGGAAGCUGAAGAUAGUGAAUUAGACACACAGUAUCUGCGAAAUAUAUUUAAGCAUUCAAAACGACUGUCAUUUACCCUUUACCCAAGUCCCAUGAAGGCAUGUGUAGGAGAUGCUGCUUCUGAAACUUUAAAGAUAUCAUGUGCUGAUCAGGUAGAAAAUAAGUAUAGCAAAUAUUUAAAAGCUGAAAACUUGCAAGUAGAGAAAACAACUUCUCAAAACUUGAAUAGGAUUUGUGAGAAAGAAAAACUUAAGCCCUAUAAAUCUGUUUGUGUUAGUCCUGUGUCUUCCUUUUUCAGUAACACUGAACAUAUGUACACUGGGGAACAUCGAGAAAACACUUCACAGGUUGCAGAUCAAGAGAAUCUAAUGUCACCAAUAAGAAUAGGUGCUACUAGAGUUGAGAAUAAAAAAAAACAGCAAAAAAGAGAGCAGGCAAAUAAUAAGACAUUGUCAGCUGACACAGUGAUAGAAAGUGAGCCAAGUCAGAAUCCAUUUGAAAGUAGUAGGACCCAAAGUGAUCAGAGUAAUAUAGAAGAGCAUAUUUUCCAAAGAAUAAACACAGUUAAUGAAAUAGGCAUCAGUUUAGAAAGUAAUCAAGCAGAAAAGGCUGAAGUUGAUGAAGGCAAAGGAGAAAUACUGCAUUUUCAGCCCCCAUCAAUAGUUUGUCUUACAGUUUGUCAACAAAGUCCUGCUGGAUUUGACUGCAAAGGCAGAGAAAAGAAAGAUAGCAAGAGAGAAGGAAAACAAGCAAAGAGUAAUGAAGAACAAGCAACCCAAACUGCCAACACGGGGAUGCCCAAGUGUUUAAUUUCAGAGGUUCUAGAACAGCCUCUUAAAGGUAGUUCUCCUUCUUCAGGCCUGUCUGAAACCCCCAGUGGCUUACUACGCUCUGAUGAUGAUAUUGAAGAGAACACCAGCUUUUGUGAAACUGAUGGGAAAGACAGAUCUGCUGUGUUCAUUAAAAGAAGUGGCAGUGCCCUGGUAAAAGAACUGGGUGGUAGAAGUGUUAAUUCUACACCUAUAUCUCAAGGUGUUCAGAGAUCUCGAAGAAGAGUGCGGAAGCUGCAAUCUUCAGAGGAAGAAUCUAGUGAGGAUGAAAAUUUACCAUGUUUUCAGACAUUAAUAUUUGGCAAAUCAGCAAGCACGCCUUUGCAAUUCAAUAAACAGGUGACAUCGUUGGUAGGGUCUUCAAUAAAUCCCAGCACAUUGCCUCGCAGUGGAAGUCGUAAUGACUGUAGUAUGCAAAAAACACCUGAAAAUACCCUAAGUACUGGGUGUGUUUCUCCAAGCCAGGAGUCAGAAUGUUCUGUUAACUUAUUUUCUUCACAGUCCAAUAUGUCAGAAGAGUCAGCUGAUGGAGCACAAGAAUUGAAAAAACCUUUAACACUAGUUCUUGCAUCCAAACAAAAGAGCAAUCAAAAUGACAGUAAAGAAGCUUUUCAAAGUUGUAAUGGAGGGCUGAAGAAAAGAAAAACUAUCUUGAAAGAUGAAUACCAAGAAGACCCAAACAUGGGAGCAAACCUAGGUGAAGCACCUGGCUAUGACAGUGAAACAAGUCAUGCAGAGGAUUCAUCUGGACCAUUCUCUCAGGCUGAAAUCCUUUCUACACAACAGAAGAAUGCUAUGCACAACAACCUAAAAAAACUUCAGCAAGAAAUGGCUGUACUUGAAGCAGUGCUAAAGCAGCAUGAAAGUCAAGACUCUGAAUUUUUAUCCAUAUGUAAGGAACUGCCACAUUCUAGUAGUGAAGGAGUACUCAGAAUAGAACAGUUGAAACAACUAAGAGAAAAUGCAGCUGAUGGGAAAUCUGGGACCAAGCGAAACAGUGCAUCUGUCUUAUCAAAUCUCUGCGGAAAUAUGAGCAGGAGUCCAGACAGCUCUUCCUCCUCUAUAAAGCUUUUCCACCCUCAAACUGCAGAAACAAAAAAUAGUUCUGCUGUAGCUCAAAAUGCUAAUAGAAGCUGUAAUCAAAGAUGUAAAUGGGAGAGAAGUGUGUGUUUUCCUACAUCUGUUCUGCACGAUACAUCUGUGAAAGAAAGUGCUACUAGUCCCGCUGUGACUAACAGGAGAGAAAUGUCAAUUGUGGCAUCAGGUCUGAAUCAAAGUGAACAUUUGGUGGUCCAGAAGUUUGCCAGAAAAACUCAGAGCACUUUAUCUAAUCAAGUUACCGAAGGAACAACCCAUAUCAUAAUGAAAACAGAUACGGAGCUGGUGUGUGAACGAACAUUGAAGUAUUUUCUGGGUAUUGCAGGAAGAAAAUGGGUAGUUAGUUAUCAGUGGGUAAUUCAGUCUUUUAAAGAAGGAAGGAUACUUGAUGAGGAUAACUUUGAAGUUAGAGGAGAUGUGAUCAAUGGGAGAAACCACCAAGGUCCAAAGAGGGCUAGACAAUCUCUGACAGAAAAGAUCUUUAAAGACUUUGAGAUCUGCUGCUAUGGGCCUUUCACUGAUAUGACUACAGAACAUCUGGAAUGGAUGGUGGAGCUUUGUGGUGCCUCUGUAGUGAAGCAACUUCAUCUGUUCACACACAAAACAAAUUCUACUGCUGUCGUGGUUGUGCAGCCAGAUGCUUGGAUGGAAAACACAGACUACAGAGCAAUCCAGCAAAAGAACAAUGUUGCUGUGGUGUCUCGAGAGUGGGUAUUAGACAGUGUUGCUUGCUAUGAGUGCCAGGAUUUUGAUGCUUACCUUGUGUCCUAAGGGUGAUCUGCAGUUAUUUUGCCAUUGUGCUGAAAUUCUCAUCAGUGCUGUUACUUUGGUACUGGUUUAAGGAUAAGUAAUUUAUGCAGAGAGCACCUUUGACUCAUGUUCUUAUUUUGGAGUAAAACAACUACACUUUUACUAGCAAUAAAAUUACUUAAGUAGCAUUACUAUGCACAGAUGGAAUUAUCUACUACUUAAAAGAAUAACAUUUCUAAUUUCAAAGUAGUCCAUAGACCCAUGUGAUACAAAUCAAAAAAAAAUCAGAAUCUAACAAGAAAAUUUAGAACAAGGCCUCCUCAAAGAAAUGGUAAUGCAUUAUUUACCAUCCCAGCUAGCUACUUGAGGACAUUUUGGAGACAGUCACUUACAUGAGUUAUAUGGGGCUCAGGACUUGAAUCAAAAUGUAACUUGCACGACUCAGUAACAUCCGUAUUUUUGCUUGCAUAAAUACAUACCCUGAAUUAGGAUGAGCAUAUACCAACACAAUGAAAUAUAAUUUUGUGAUCACUAAUGAAUCAGCCUGGUUUUAGGCCAGGGAUUACAGUUGUUUUGGAAGCUAUACAAAGAGCUCUCCUGUUGAAACUGUUGUAUACAAAAAUGCGUACAUGUUCAAAUGAGAAAAAUCAUCUACAAGUUCCCUAAAAAGCCAACACUUGAUUCUCAGCAUAAACUAAUCCUCAAAACCACAGGUGUAAACCAAUACUGUCAGUCUUAAUUCUGAAAAGUGUAUGUAGAACCUAUGAAAAAGGAAUACUAAACAGAUGCAAUUUAGUAUCUCAGUGACAUAUAAUAAGCCCUGCCUACAAAAUGAGACCACAAAGAAAAUAUAUUACUUUUUAAUGAAUAAAAUGUAUUGCUUCUUUCUGUUGCCAAGCAAUUCGGCUUCAUAAAUAAUUUUGUACUUUCAGAACAGAAAAAGAAACUAUUUUCAUAAAGUUGCUUUAAAAAUUUUUUUAGCCAAAUUCAGAGAAUUGUUUGGGAGUCUAAUGAUGCUAGGUUGUCUUAGAAAGUUAUAUAAAGUAUGUUUGUAAAUACUGCAACACUCAAAGUAAAUAAAAUGAG